AUACCCAUUGAGACGAAUCUUCUGGGCACUCGGGCCAUGGCAUGUCGAGCUUAUGCCAAGGCGCUACGCUACAAGGAAGAGGAGUUUCUGCUGCGCAAAGAUCCGCAGGUAUUUGAGUCUUUGAUCCUUAUCAAUAACAAAUUGCAGCAGCGCGAGGCGGCCGAGGGUCUGCUCACCACUUACCGCAAAGCGGCGAACGAGCUAAAUGUCCAGGGCAGAUGGUAUGAGAAGCUUCACAACUGGGACCAGGCCUUGGAACAUUACGAAGAGAAUCUAAAGGCUGAUUCCUCGGAUCUGGAGGCGCGCCUCGGCCACAUGCGGUGCCUGGAAGCGCUCGGUGAUUGGUCGGAGCUGAGCAAUGUGACCAAGAACGAGUGGGAGAAUUUCAGUCCUGAGGCCAGGGCGAGAGCGAGUCGCGGAGCUGCCGUGGCUGCCUGGGGCCUUCAGGAUUGGGAGGCUAUGCGAGAGUAUGUGAGAUGCAUAGAGGACACCCAGGACGGUAGCUUCUACCGGGCCGUGCUGGCUGUGCAUCACGACGACUUUGAGACCGCCCAGCGUCUGAUAGACGAGACCAGGGAUCUCCUGGACACGGAACUCACGUCCAUGGCGGGUGAAUCCUACGAGAGAGCCUACGGAGCCAUGGUUUGUGUGCAAAUGCUAGCGGAGCUAGAGGAAGUCAUCCAGUACAAGCUGAUACCCGAACGAAGGGAGCCCCUGAAGGCCAUGUGGUGGAAGCGCCUGCAGGGAGGACAACGUCUGGUGGAGGACUGGCGAAAGAUCAUCCAAGUGCACUCGCUGGUGGUGAAGCCGCACGACGACAUUCACACCUGGCUGAAGUACGCGAGCCUGUGCCGGAAGAGCGGCUCCCUGCACCUGUCCCACAAGACGCUCGUGAUGCUGCUGGGCACCGAUCCCAAGAUGAAUCCGCUGCCGUGCAAUCAGCCCCAGGUAACAUACGCCUACACCAAGUUCCUGGCCAACAAUGAGCUGCAGGAGGCCUACGACCAGCUGCGGCACUUUGUCAACACCUAUAGCCAGGAGCUGAGCUGCCUGCCGCCGGAGGCACUGAAGCAGCAGGAUCAGCGACUGAUGGCACGAUGCUACCUGCGGCUGGCCACCUGGCAAAACAAGCUGCAGGACAGCCUCGGGCCGGAAGCGAUACCCGGAGCACUAGAGUGCUUCGAGAAGGCCACCAGCUACGAUCCGAACUGGUACAAGGCCUGGCACCUGUGGGCCUACAUGAACUUCAAGGUGGUGCCCCAGAAGACGGCGUUGGACAAGCAGCAGCCACAGGGUGCCGCCAGCAUGGGCAUGGGCAUGGGCAUAAUGAGCCUCGGCCUAGACAGCGACCUAAUGAUUAUCCAGCAGUACGCAGUGCCGGCAGUUCAAGGCUUCUUCCGAUCGAUCAGCCUCAUCAAGGGCAACUCCUUGCAGGACACGCUGCGCCUCCUGACCCUCUGGUUCGACUACGGCAACCAUGCGGAGGUCUACGACGCCCUGCUCUCCGGCAUGAAGCUGAUCGAGAUCAAUACGUGGCUGCAGGUGAUUCCGCAGCUAAUUGCCCGCAUCGACACCCACCGCCAGCUGGUAGGACAGCUAAUCCACCAACUGCUCAUGGACAUCGGCAAGAAUCAUCCACAGGCACUGGUCUAUCCCCUAACAGUGGCCUCCAAGUCGGCUUCUUUGGCGCGACGGAAUGCUGCCUUCAAGAUCCUGGACUCGAUGCGAAAGCAUUCUCCCACCUUGGUAGAGCAGGCGGUUAUGUGCAGCGAGGAACUGAUCCGCGUGGCCAUCCUGUGGCACGAACAGUGGCACGAGGGUCUGGAGGAGGCCUCUCGCCUCUACUUUGGAGAUCGCAAUGUCAAAGGAAUGUUCGAGAUCCUAGAGCCGCUGCACGCCAUGCUGGACAGGGGACCGCAGACGCUCAAGGAGACCUCCUUUUCGCAGGCCUACGGACGAGAGCUGACCGAGGCCUAUGAGUGGUCGCAGCGCUACAAGACCUCGGCCGUCGUGAUGGACCUGGAUCGAGCCUGGGACAUCUACUAUCAUGUCUUCCAGAAGAUCUCGCGACAGCUGCCGCAGCUCACUUCGCUAGAGCUGCCGUAUGUCUCGCCCAAGCUGAUGACCUGCAAGGACCUGGAGCUGGCCGUUCCGGGAUCGUAUAAUCCGGGCCAGGAAUUGAUUCGGAUAAGUCACAUCAAGACGAACCUUCAGGUGAUCACUUCCAAGCAGCGUCCCCGCAAGCUAUGCAUCAGUGGCUCCAACGGCAAGGACUAUAUGUACCUGCUCAAGGGCCACGAGGAUCUGCGUCAGGAUGAGCGGGUGAUGCAACUGUUCUCGCUGGUAAACACCCUGCUCCUGGACGACCCGGACACUUUCCGUCGGAACCUGGCCAUCCAGCGGUACGCGGUAAUACCGCUCAGCACCAACUCGGGUCUGAUCGGAUGGGUGCCGCACUGUGACACGCUGCACACGCUUAUCCGGGACUACCGGGACAAGAAGAAGGUGCCGCUAAACCAGGAGCAUCGCACCAUGUUGAACUUUGCCCCGGACUACGAUCACCUCACGCUCAUGCAGAAGGUGGAGGUGUUUGAGUACGCGCUGGGUCAGACGCAAGGCGACGACCUGGCCAAAUUGCUCUGGCUGAAGUCACCGUCCUCGGAGCUGUGGUUCGAGCGAAGGAAUAACUACACCCGGUCCCUGGCCGUCAUGUCGAUGGUGGGCUACAUCCUCGGCCUGGGCGAUCGGCAUCCGUCAAACCUUAUGCUGGACAGGAUGAGCGGCAAGAUCCUGCACAUUGACUUCGGUGACUGCUUUGAGGUGGCAAUGACGCGCGAGAAGUUCCCGGAGAAUCCCUUCAGACUCACCCGGAUGUUGAUCAAGGCCAUGGAGGUGACCGGCAUCGAGGGCACCUACCGACGCACAUGCGAGAGUGUGAUGCUGGUGCUUCGCCGGAAUAAGGAUUCGCUGAUGGCCGUACUGGAGGCCUUUGUCUACGAUCCGUUGCUUAACUGGCGUCUCCUGGAUGUGGACAAGAAGGGCAACGAUGCGGCGGCCGGGAAUGGAGCGCCGGGAGGAAGAGGUGGCGGCGGAGGCUCCGGCAUGCAGGAUAGCCUCAGCAAUUCGGUGGAGGAUUCGCUGCCCAUGGCCAAGUCGAAGCCCUACGAUCCGCAGCUACAGCAGGGCGGCCUGCACAACAACGUGGCCGACGAGACGAACAGCAAGGCCAGCCAGGUGAUAAAGCGGGUCAAGUGCAAGCUCACCGGAACCGAUUUCCAGACCCAGAAGAGCGUCAACGAGCAGCAACAGGUGGACCUGCUCAUCCUGCAAGCGACCAACAACGAGAACCUCUGCCAGUGCUACAUUGGCUGGUGUCCGUUCUGGUAAAUCGAGGGAUCCU